UUGUAUUAAAGUAAAGAAGAAAAGCGUGAAGAAAAUUUUUUAACAACCUCAAAAAUGCCUUAUUACGGAGACGGAAGCUCAUAUUAUUAUGGGAAUUCCUUCGCCAAUCACAGUUCCUUGAUGACAGGCACCGGGCGACCCUUUAACGUUCCACUGGCGAGAUUUUCUCCUCAUCUAUCGACCAUCUCCGAAUCGCCGUUAAGUAAUUUGCGAAGAUAUUCACCAGUCACGAUAGCAAGACGACCUCGACGCACCAUUGACACGGCAGAUAUUGACGUUUCAACGCCAAGAACAUUAACGCGCGAGAAUUCCCAUCAGCGGCAUCAUCUUCGCAGGGACAGGCCGACAAUUAAAAUUAGAUCGCAGGCUCUGAAAGAUAAUCCAGCAUUGCGUGAGCAUUAUGAGAAACAUGAGAAAAAUGUUGGUGAAAUGUUGGUUGAGAAAUUUCUCAUCAAAGAAAAGAAAUAUGAUCGUGAUAAUAUUGGUGGUCUUCACUUACAUAAUCAUCAGCAACAACAGCAGGAACAGCAACAGCAUCUUCAUCACGAGCAACAGCAACAAAAACAACAAGCAAAUCACGAAUGUGAUUCAAAAAAUGCUCUCACCGAGGCUAUUCAAAGACGAGUCACCCGGCGUUUCACUCGAAGAAGAUCGUCCGCUGAUGUGCAAUUAAAUUCAGAGCAACUGGAGCGUGAACUUGCUUACGCACAGGUACAAGCCGAAGUUUUGGACACUCUCGUCGCCGAGGAGCAAGCCGAAAUGGAAGUCGAGGCACGGAAGGCGUUCGCCAAGAAAAAGACCCAUCGACCAGCUCACAAUCUUCCCCAGGUUGAGAUAAUUCAAACGAGUGAGUCAGUUUUGCACGACGACAAUGACGACGAACUGUCACGCAUUCGCAAGAAGGUAAAGAAGAAGAAAAAAAGCAUUGACAAACUGCACUUACCAACGAAUCACGAGCAAGAAAUAUUCUCUCAAUCAGUGACAGAGGACUCGAAUAGUAAUAUCGAGAGCAGAGAAGACGAGGAAGAACAGAGGCCAAUUCAAAAAUUCAAAGUCGAAGCCUGCAACAGUGUUGGCGAUUUUUCUACACUUUGGAUAAAAACAUCGCCCGAAAUCGAGGCAAAAACAGGCGAACAAUUUAGAGAAAGUGUCCGACUUCCAGCACCUAAAAGACUACCAGUCAGCAAUUUAGAAACCGAGGCGAAAAUUGUCUUACCAAUUCCAAAGACUUACAUUAAGGACAAUUCGAGAAAUAGCGUUUAUUUGACGGUGAAAAAAGCCGAUAAUAAUUCAUCGCAGAACAUUAAUCAGUCCAAGAUAUCGAAUCAUACUAGCGCAACAACGAUCAUUGAUCAUCAUGAAUCGAAACUUGCCAAGAUCGAUUCUAAAGAUACAUGCGACACUCCUCUAGAGGUCAAAAACAUUUCUGAUACCUUGGCCGUCAGUUCUGCGCCUAAUGUGCGGAAGUCUCUCAACACGGAUGCAAAAGAUAAUUUCCGCAACACUUCUCUAGAAACCGAGACGAAAACUAGUAAUAAUACUUUGAAGACUGACAGUUUGUCAAACGAAGUUGAGAAAUUGGAAAAAAUCCCCGCAGAUAAACAACAAGAACAAUCGACUGACGAGAAACCAAAGGAACUUGAAAUUUCAAAACCAAAACAGGAUUUUCACCAAAAAGUAGACAAAGAAGAUAAACCCCAAGAAUUAAUAGUUUCAUCGAAAGACAAAGUAUUCUCGAAAGAGAACAACACACCUAGAUUAGAGUCGCCAAUUAGGGCGAAGCUCGCCUCUAAAGAUAGAACAUUAAAAAGUCACCCAGAGGGGGUGUCAUCACUAUCGAACGAAAUACCAACCGAUGGAAUAAAAUCACCAGUGCUUUCGACAAAUGACCCAUCAUUCUCAAAGGAGACAACAACAAGUUUACAACUCCAGGAAAAAUCGCGAAUCCCCUCCAAAAAACCAGUCGUCAAAUCCAAGUUCACCUUCAAUCGUAAGGAAAACGAACCAAAGGGAAAACCAAGAGAAUUUUUGAAAAUACCCGAAAAACAAGAAACAUCACCAUCCGAUGAAGUGACACCGACAAACGAAAUUCCCACCGAACGUGAAAGUGAUAAAGAAGAAACAAAUUCGGAAAUCGAUUUUUGGAGUGAAAUCAAAUCGGCAAAAAUGGAGAUAAAACGACCCGAACCAUUGGAUUUGAGUCGAGUACGUGAAUCACUGAAAUCAUUCGACAGUCCAUCGGCGUCCCUUCCAACUUCUGGUGUAUCAACCCCAUUAUCAGAGAUUUCACAAACAAAUCUCUCCUCCGAUGGAUUCCCAUUGUCAACCGACACAUCAAUUCUCGACGAUGACGAUGGUUUGGCAACGCCAACAAACGAAUCCAUCACUACAAUUACCAAAUGGAACAAGCAGGAUAAUCUCUCAAAUCUCACGGAUUUGGAAAAGGAUUUAUCGACCCUUCCAUCGAAGAAAAUAAUUAGCAGCACCACAAGCAGUCCCGCCGAUUCGAAAAAGAAGAAGAAGAAAAUCGUCAAACGGAAAAAAUCCAAAAACGAUAAAAAUGAUACGGACAGUGUUAAGAGUUCGACGAAAUUAUCGAAAAAGAAGAACUUCACUCCUGAUUCAACGAUGAAAAUGUCAAAUGCACGCUCAUCGCCUCGUGAUGCGCCAUGUCGUCCAUCGGAUCUCAUGAGAAUAUUCUACACAACGCCGAGGCAAUUAAUGACAGCGACACCGCGCGAUUUACGUAAAGUGAGACGAGUAAAAGUUAAAAAGCGUAAACCACCGCCUAGAAAUUCAUCAAUUAGCAGUGACAGUACGGGAAGUACGACAAGUACUCAGAGUACAAAUACAAGUGCAGAGGAUGGAUGUAAUUCGAUGGAUGAAUUGGAACAGAAAAGAAUGGCUUCAACGCGAAGCAAUGAUUCUGGAUUUGACGGUUCGCCAAGACUAUCGAAUUGUGACAUGGCGUGCCAUAAGAAGUGUGAAAAAUUAACAGGAAAUCUUUGUGGAUUAAAUCAAAAACUUGUUGCCGAAGCUUUACAAUCGUUGAAAAGAGCUCCAUCCCAAUCGUUAGAAAAUCACAGUUCUGACAAUUUUCACACGAGCGGACGAAUUACACCACCAGCCACAAAUUUGCCGAGAUUUAAAAAAUACGCAGUGACAGACUUCAAUUUCUUAAAGGUCUUGGGCAAAGGAAGCUUUGGAAAAGUAUUGCUGGCGGAAUUACGUGGAACAGAAUGCAUCUACGCGGUGAAAUGUUUAAAGAAGGACGUUGUCCUCGAGGACGAUGACGUCGAGUGUACUCUAAUUGAGAGAAAAGUACUGACAUUAGCCACCAGGCAUCCAUAUCUUUGCCAUUUAUUUUGCACCUUUCAAACGGAAUCACAUCUUUUCUUUGUCAUGGAAUAUUUGAAUGGUGGCGAUUUAAUGUUUCAUAUUCAAAAAUCGGGACGAUUCUCCGAAGCGCGGGCACGAUUUUACGCUGCUGAAAUUUGGUCUGGUCUUAAUUUCCUCCAUAAAAAAGGCAUCGUCUAUCGUGACCUUAAACUCGACAAUGUUUUACUCGAUUUUGAAGGUCAUAUAAGAAUUGCCGACUUUGGAAUGUGUAAACUGCAAAUUUUCUUGGACAGGACGGCCGAUACAUUCUGCGGGACACCUGACUAUAUGGCACCUGAGAUAAUAAAGGGUUUGAAGUACAAUCAAGCCGUGGACUGGUGGUCUUUUGGUAUUCUCCUUUACGAAAUGCUUACGGGACAAUCGCCCUUUUCUGGCUGUGAUGAGGAAGAAUUAUUUUGGAGCAUUUGCAAUGAAAGGCCUUUUAUUCCUCGAUAUUUGUCUCAAGAUUCGACGAGCAUGUUAAUAUGCUUAUUAGAAAAAGAUUCCGGGAAACGACUACCCGCUCAUGAAAUUGCCGUUCAUCCAUUCUUUCAGAGUCUAGCGUGGGAUAAACUGGAACGAAGACAAUUGGAAGCACCGUUUAAACCAGCCGUGGAACAUACCCUUGAUACGAGAUACUUCGAUACAGCAUUCACGGCAGAACGACCGCGACUCACCGCUGUUCCGGAGGAUAUCCUCACUUCAAUGGAUCAGAAUGUGUUCAGAGGAUUUUCAUACACAAAUCCAAACGCCACAGACUGAAAAAUUCAAUAAUUCUCUUUAAUUAAUUGAAUAAUAGGAAAUUGGCAUAAAUAUUAAAGUAUUUUUGGAUAUUUUACAUUCGUGAUCAUUAAAAAACAUUUCAAAAAUAUAUAUUUAAUAAAAAUUAAAAAUAAUAAUAUAUUUAUUUAAUAUGUUAAUAAAAAAGUAAUAUAUUAUUUAAUAUGUUAAUAAAAAAUAAUAUAUUAUUUAAUAUAAAAAAAUUAAACUAUUGUGAAAAUAAAUUUUCUCUGUUUAAUCUUUAAUAUAGUUUAUAAACUGUCAAGAGUUACAAAUUUUUAUAAAAAUUAGAAAAAAAACGAAGAAGAAUUUAAAAUCCAACUUCAAUUUUUUUUACUACACUUUUUCGAUUUUUGAAAAUUUCUAAAACUUUUAAAAGAAUUCGAAAUUCUCCAAGUAAAUUCAAGUAAGCUCAAGAGUGUAAAAUUCAGUUUUUCAGCUUCCAACAAAGUUAUACAGUAUUGAGGAUUAUAUUUUCAUAUUUCUAUUGUGAAAAGCACUCGCUCAAUUGUACACACUUUUAUAAAAUAAUGGAUUUUGUGUUCCGAAUGCGAAGUUGGGGGGAAAAAGUAAAAGAAUUUCUUAAUCGACAAAAAUGAAGGAAUGGACUGAAUUGUAACUUUUAUACUACAAUGCAAUUUUUCUUUUUUUUAUACAAAAAAAAAAUUGUUGCCUUUUUGUUCAAGCCUUGAAAAAAUAAUACCUUUUAUUUAUUUAUUUUUUUUUUUUUGUCAAGAGAAUAUGAGUCGCGAUUUUGUGAAUGAAUGAGUUUUAGAAAGAAUUUAUUUAUCUCUAUUGAUAUAAGUUUUAAUGCUGCGAUAGUUUUUUUUCGAUGAGAAUAAUUGUACAGAAUUUUGUAUUCAAGUAAAUCGUUGAAUAUAAAUGAGCGAGUGUUCGCUCAUAAAAAA